GCACACGUCUCGCACCUUCACACCGACACCUUCAUACCGGCACACCUUCAUACCGGCAUCCCGAUUCGUGGAAUAGCAGGAUGACUUCGAAAGCUCGCGCACCUCGCGCCUCGACCGGCAGCUCCAAUGUAGAGAUGCGCGACAGCUCGCCAGCAUCCUCUUCUCGCCGUCACAAGAACAACGACCAGGAACGCCACCAGCAUAGCAAAGGACGGAACGCUGGCUCGACUCAAGCCCCUCGCAAAGCACGCGCCGCCACUGUCGAGCCCGAAGCGAGUCCACCAAUGCCAAGCAUGACCUGGACUGAUGUCACCAAUGUCAAGAGCAACGGUCGCGAGAAAAGCAGGAGCAAGGUGAAAAUGGAAGACCUCGGCACUGUCGACAUUAAUCACAAGCCAAACGUUAGCCUUCCCUCCACCCGCGGGACAAAAGCGGCCAUCUCUGCCGAGGCACCUCAGCAGACCUCGUCGAUGCCGUGCGCCAGAUGAUCCUCAGCUCGUACGGGACCAACGCCGCCACCGCCUUGGUAGCAGCCAGCGCUGCCAAUCACUUUGCUCCUCAGCAAGACGUCAACUAUGGCCUUGGCUUCAGCGCCUUUGAGGAGCACCAGCAGCUUCCGCCCGCACUCAACAGCAUUGUUGAUGCUCGCCUAGGCCUUCAUGAUCACCAAAUG